UGCUUCUGCUAUUUUUAAUCACUUCAUGCUGUCGUUUAUCGGCAAUAUUUACUGAUAAGUGUUAAUAAUAAUCAGUUAAUCAACAUGAUCUUCUCUUAUGUAACUAAAAUUCGGGAAAUGGUGCGUCCCAGUGACGGUAAAAUUGGUAAGAAUAACGUCCCAUCCGACAAUCAAGAGGAAAAAUCUGUUGCACUUCCUGCUCAGAAAUAUUGGAUUUUGGGCAUCGUUGAAUAUGUUCCUUCAGCUUACAAUAAGUUACGAAAUCUGUCUUCACCCAACAUUGAUACUUGCUAUUACAAGGAAAAAUUUAACACAAUGUUUCGCCCAAGCUGGGGUUUGGCCGUUGUAGGGACUUUACCAGUGGUUGGAAACAUCACAAAUUUAGCGUCUGCUCUGCAUGCGUACUCAAAUGGUGACCCCUGGUAUGGUCACCAAAUGGUUGCCCAAACUUUGGUUGGGACAUACCUUGAUGUAAUGUCAGGAGGAUUAUUGACCUGUGGAGCUGUGGGAGAGUUUGGAGCUGUAGUUGCACUAAGAAUUUAUGGAUUUAAUGUCGUGAAUCAAGUUUUGAAUCCAUACGUGCAUCGAUAUGUUCGCUCCAAAGAAGAAUAAUUUUCCACAGUUGCAAUGACCCGACAUUUUAUUUGGUCAGUCAUGAUGCAUUUUUACAGUGUUCAUCAACACAAGUAACUGAAAGAAUAAAUGAUUGCUACUCUUAAUAA